GUUUGCUCUAUAUAUAGAGCAAAUAUUUACCUCUUAUUAGUAAGAUAACAGCUGAAAUCCAUUCAAUUUCAAACAAAGCUUUCCAAAAAUACUAGUUUUGUUUUGAGGACAAAGAUAAGAAGCAUAUACCUUACUCUUUACAUAAUGAGUAGUGUCGACACGUUGGAAGCUGCAGCUAAAAGGGGAGACAUAAACAUUCUCUAUGGAGUGAUUGAGCGAGAUCCGAGUGUUUUAGAGCAUGUAGAAUCAAAGCCAUUUGUUGAAACUCCUUUGCAUAUAUUGCUGCAUCUAUGGGGCAUCUCCACUUUGCCAAUGAGAUUAUGGUAUUGAAGCCUUCAUUUGCUCUUAAACAAAAUCUGCAAGGACUCGCUCCCCUUCACGUUGCUCUACAACAUGGCCACGAGAAAAUGGUCCACCGCCUCGUAGACCUUAACAAUGAGCUCGUCCGAGUUCAAGGGAGAGAAGGUUUUACUCCUCUACACUUGGCCAGUCAAAUAGGAAACGUUGAACUCUUGAAUAAAUUCCUCGAUGUUUGUCCAGAUUCUAUCAAAGAUGUGACUAUUAGAAGUGAAACUGCACUACAUAUUGCAGCCAGAAAAGGACAAGAUCCUGCUCUUAAAGCCCUAGUUGGAUGGCUCUCCUCGAUUGGUGAUUUGCAGUUAAAGAGAACAAUAUUGAACUCGAAGGACGACCAAGACCAUACCAUUUUGAACAUUGCAGUACUCGAGAAUAGCAAAGAGGCAGUUGAAUUGUUGAUAGAGAGUUGUAUGAUGAAUUUAGAAGCUAAGAAUUUGGAGGGCAAUAUUAAUACAGCGUUGGCCAUAACAAGUAGCGAUGAUAUCCGGAGGACAUUAGAGAAAGCCGCCAUUAAAGCAAAUAAGUUUAGUUGGAAACGGUGGCUAAUAAAUAUUCGGUCUCGGCUAAGAAAACACAUGUCAGGGGAAGCACUGAACGCGUAUUUAGUUGUUCUGGCUCUUAUUGCAGCUGCCACUUAUCAAGCAACUCUGAGUCCUCCUGGUGGACUUUCUCAGACGGAUGGUGGGACUAAUAAUACUCUAAGUCGUGUGGCUUUCCAUUCAUUAAUAAAUAGCCGCAAAACUACUGCCGGAAAUGAAGGCAACUCGAUCUUGCCAACUUUUGACUUCCUUCUAUUCUUUAUGCCAAGUAUGAGUUGUUUUAUGGCUUCAACUAUGCUUAUUUUAGCCAUAUUGCCUAAAAAGGCUUCCUGGAUUCUACUAUAUACGCCAAUGUUACUCUUUCAAAUCAGCUACGUGGCAGCUUUGUUGGUCAUAUCUCCCACCCCUACUACCACCACAACAAUCAUUCUUUUAUUAUAUGCGUUUUGGUCUAUUCCUGGUUUUUUAAUUCUAAAAUUUAGUACUUGAGAUUGGCUGCAUAUAUAAUUAAUAUGUUUUAAUGUUUUUUUUUUUUAUCAUUAUUGUUUAAUAAUAUGAAAGCACUACUAUUUACU